GUUAUAUAAGCAGUUGUCUUGACAUCAUGGUUCAACGGUGAAAUGCAAGAUAUAGUAAAAUAGGCUAAAAGUCAAUUGCUUUUACACAACUAAUCUUGUAGUGUAAUCGUGAUAAUUAUUAACAUGAACGGGUCAGAUUAAAGUCAUAUUCUAAAAUAAACAAGGAUCCUAUUCGCCAAAGCUUUCUUUUAUUCCGACAACUCCCCCGACUUACGUCACGUCUCGAAACAAGCGAAAACUGCUGUUUAGGGGGUAGAGGGAAGAGAAGAACUCGAACAUGUCUGUGGACGUCGGUCUGCUGCUUACCUGGUUAUUGGGAGGCGCGAUUAUUGCAGCUCUCGCAGUUUUAAUUACUCCUCCACUGGCCUCCUAUGUGCACACAUGGCGAGCACUUGGGCCAGUUACAGCUCCUGGUCCAACUUUUCCUAUUGUAGGCAAUGCACUCCAUUUUAAAACUGGCGGAGGAGAAUUUUUUAACCAGAUUAUUCAUUAUACUAAUGAAUUUAGGGAUGCACCUUUGCUUAGACUCUGGGUUGGAGUUCUGCCAUUUGUUGUGUUGUAUCAUCCUGAAAAUGUCGAGGUGUUACUGAGCAGUUCCAAACAUAUUGAUAAGUCCUAUUUAUAUAAAUUCCUGCAUCCAUGGCUAGGAAAAGGCCUUUUGACAAGCACUGGUGACAAAUGGCGCUCACGUAGAAAGAUGUUAACACCAACAUUUCACUUUUCUAUCUUGGCUGAGUUUCUGGAAGUCAUGAAUGAGCAGUCAGAAAUAUUAGUGGAAAAACUGAGAAAACAAGUGGGCAAAGAACCUUUUAACUGCUUCAAUUACUUUACGCUUUGCGCUUUGGAUAUUAUUUGUGAGACAGCAAUGGGUAAAAGUGUAUACGCACAGAGUAACUCAGAUUCUGAAUAUGUUCAUGCUAUAUAUAGGAUAAGUGAUAUUAUACAAAAAAGACAGAAAAUGCCAUGGUUUUGGCCUAAUUUUGCCUUUUAUCUGUUUGGUGAAGGAAGGGAACAUGAUAAAUGCCUCAAAAUUCUACAUUCCUUCACUUUAGAUGUCAUAGCUGAGAAGACAGGAAAUAUUACAUAUACUGAUGCUGACAGCAAAGACUCCAAAAGGAAAAGGAGAGCUUUUCUUGAUAUGCUUCUUAAUGCAACUGAUGAAAAUGGAGAACGACUAAGUAAUGAAGACAUCCGAGAGGAGGUGGACACUUUCAUGUUUGAGGGUCAUGACACAACAGCUGCUGCCUUGAAUUGGGCACUUUAUCUAUUAGCGUGUUACCCAGAAGAACAGAAGAAAGUUCAAAAUGAGCUCAAUGAAGUGUUCGGUAAUUCUAGCCGUCACGUUUCCAUGGAUGAUCUGAAAAAGUUGAAAUACCUGGAAUGUGUCAUUAAGGAAUCCCUCCGCUUGUACCCUUCUGUUCCUAUGUUUGCACGUACUAUUUGUGAAGACUGUAACAUUGCUGGUCAUGAAAUCCCAAAAGGAGUCAAUGCAAUUAUAAUUCCUUAUUCUCUACAUCGUGAUCCAAAAUGGUUCCCAGACCCUGAAAAGUUUAAUCCAGAGCGCUUUCUUCCAGAAAAUUCUUCACAUAGACACCCUUUUGCAUUUGUCCCUUUUUCUGCAGGCUUAAGAAACUGCAUAGGUCAACGCUUUGCAAUAAUGGAGGAAAAGGUUAUUUUAUCUACUGUAUUGCGUCAUUUUGAAGUGGAGUCUAAGCAAAGGCGGGAAGAACUGGACCUUACUGGAGAGCUCAUUCUUCGUCCAGAGAAUGGAAUUUGGAUUAAACUCAUAAACAGAAAAGUCUGAAAAAUAUAAUAAUAAUAUUCCUUCAAUUUAGAUCAUAGUUUUUUUCAUAAAUUUUGCAAUAGACACAGAAUAAAUGAAUAAGUAGUGUGGUAGAGAGUAGUACUUUAAGGAUCUUAAAAAUUUGACUCAAUGUUAUUUUGAAAAAUCUUGGAGAAUAACAUUGGCCAGUUUGUUGGGUUGAAUGGUCUGUUCUCAUCACAGUUGUUCGAAUGUAACAAGCUAAGAUCUUGAGUAUACCCAAUAGGUUGUGCCCAUUUUAAGCCAAACCUAAAAUCCUGUGAUCUCAGCUCCUCCUUAAUUAGUGAAUUAUAAGAGUCCUUAAUUGAGAGUUAUCUAAUAAUUAAAGUGAAAUUAUAAUCUUUGUAUAAGCAAUACAAUUUUAUAAGUAACUAUGUAAACAAUGAGAAGUCAAGCAAAAUGACAAAUUUUAUUGGCUAACUGAACCAAUUCCAAUAUGAAAGCUUUCGAGGCAAAUGAGGUUCAGUUAACCAAUAAAAGGUCAUUUUUUGCUUGACUUCUUAUUGCAUCCCUAAUGGCUAACAUGGUACAACAUUACAAACCUUUAAAUUAAUCACAGCUUACUGAAAAAAUCCAAAUGUACAGGAUCUAUUAGUUCAUGCAGCAUCAAAAAGAAAAACAAUAAAACUGCUUGGUCUAUUCCUUUCCUAAAAAAGAAAAUAAUUUGUAAUAAAGCACUUAAAAUUCACGAUUUUCCAAAGUUUUAGUUGCAGUCCUCUAACUGCAUUUAUGCAAUUCAGUGUAAGACUUUUGGAAUGAGUUACAUUGGGGAGACGAAGAAUUCUUUGAGGGCCCGGUUUAUGCAGCAUUUACAUUUUAGUGAUAAUCAAACCAUGCGCGCAGUUUUAUAUCAAACCUUUAAUAAUCAGAUUCAUCAACUGGUAGUGUUUGGGUUAGAACAGAACAUCAAAUUGAAUAAAACACAAUGCUUGUGGAAAUAGACUGAUUGACUUACUGUAUGGUUUUACAGACAUUCCACCCUAAUGGGCGAAAUUAAAAAUAGGGUGGUUGUUUUUUAGGUUUUUUUUUCUUUUGCUUUAAUUGGGUUUAAUUAUAUUAGAUUUUUUAAAAUUUGGGUUUGAGUCUUUUUAAAUAUUUUUUCCCAGAUAAUUAAUUUGAAACGAGAAUACUUAAUUGUUAAAUAGGAAAGCAGUGUGCCAGAGCCUUAGCAGUAAUGCUAUUUUCCUCCACCCUAAUCCCACUAUUAUUGUAUAUAAAUUAAAUACUGCAGAGAAAAUCCAGAGAAGAGUUGCUAGUCUGAAUCAGGGUCUGAGAAGUCUGAGUUAUAAAGAAAGAGUAAGAGAGCUAAACCUCUUGAAUUUAACUGAACAGAGAUUAUUAGAUGACAUAAUUGACAUGUUCAUAAUUAUGAAUGGAAUUAGUAUGGUGGAUCCCAGUUAUUACUUUGAAUGUAGUUCUUCAACCAGAACAAAAAAAGAAAACACAGAUGGAAAUUUUGUUAAGGACAAAUUUCCCACAAACAUUAGAAAGUUAUUCUUCAAUAUUUUAACCGUGUGAUGUUUAUGGUUAAUGAAUCCAGCUUUCUUUUUAUAUUUGAAAGAUCUUUUUAUGUCCAUUUACAUUCUAUUGUCUUUGUCUGUGUGUUCUUGUGAAGUAUGUUUUCUUUUCUCAAAACCUAAAGUACAUGCUGGUUCUGGUAUUAAUGUGAAUUAAACAUUAUAUAAAACAUUGAUAUUGGUGCUUGGAGUCAGACGCAGGAUAUACUGAUCUAUUAAAGUAAGAAUAUAGCAGAUUACUUGAUUGCAUAAUUUUUUUAAUUAUUCUAAAUUUGAUCUUGCAAUAUGAAAAGAGUAUUGUUGAAUAUGCUACAUGCUACUUUAAAAUUUAGUUAAUUCUGUACCGCUGCUUAAAAGUUUUGAACUAAUUGUAUGUUUUAAAUUAAAUUUCUACUUUGCAAAUUUUCAGAUUUUUUUGUGUAAGCAAUUUGUUAGUGGAUUUUUAAUAUUUUAAAAAAUGUGUUAUAGUUAUUCAUUUUUAUAAGAUUUUGUAAUUUUUUACUCUUUAAAACAACUUAACAAGGGUCUUUGUGUGAAAGUUGCUAUAUAAAAUAUACAAUGAUAGGAAAAAUGUAUUUCAAAUGAAAUUUUGUCAAUAACGUUUAAGAACAUUUACUGCAAAAUAUGGUUAGUCAUAAGCAUUUUAUUGUUUGCUAGUUUUUCUUGUCAAGCUUUUUAAUAUAUUCUUGAAGUGAGACCUAAUAAAUAAACAAGCAAUUUCUAUUUAA